CCCCGCCCCUGGAGACGCGCCGCGGCGAAGGCCUCGCCCACUAGCGGAGUCUACAGCAAGGGGGCGGCCGGGCCCGCGGCCCCGCGGCCACCAUGAAGCUAACGCGAAAAAUGGUCCUGUCCCGAGCCAAAGCUUCGGAGCUGCACAGCGUGCGGAAGCUCAACUGCUGGGGCAGCCAGCUCACGGAUAUUUCCAUAUGCCGGGAGAUGCCCAGCCUGGAAGUGAUCACACUCAGCGUCAACAGCGUCUCCACCCUGGAACCUGUACGUGCCUGCCGACGCCUGAGUGAGCUGUACCUGAGGCGGAACCGUAUCCCCAGUCUAAAUGAGCUGUUCUACCUAAAGGAUCUACCACACCUCAGGGUGCUGUGGCUGGCCGAGAACCCGUGCUGCGGCACCAGCCCGCACCUUUACCGCAUGACGGUGCUGCGCAACCUACCCCACCUGCAGAAGCUCGACAACCAAGCUGUGACCGAGGAAGAGUUGACUCGCGCACUGAUGGAGGGAGAUGAGAUCACUGCUGCCCCAGGCAGAGAGGCCGCAGGCAAUGGCUGUCCCAAGCCCUCCUGCACCCUCAGCUCUGCCAGCUCUACAACUGAGACCAGCCAGGGCCUGCUGAGCUACACGGAGAAUACAGAAGUCCAGGGCCAGACUGCUGGAGACCAGUCUUCUUCCUUCUCACAGAGGGAUGCGUUGAGGAGUCACAAAAAUAGGAACAUCCUGACUGCCAUCUUGCUGCUGCUGCGGGAGCUGGACACGGAGGGGCUCGAGGCUGUCCAGCAGACUGUGGGCAGCCGGCUACAGGCGCUGCACAGGCUGGAGCCCCAGGAGGACAUGGAGUGACUUCCUGUGCCCCAGUAUCUGGACCCUGUUAUAUCCUGUGGAAUCACCGCUCCACCUGGAAAGCCUCCCUCUGGGUUCCCGACACCAGCCCAGUGCAGGAGCAGUGGCCGCCAGCUGGGCAGACCCCUCUCCGGUGCCUAGGGCUGGCAGAGCUGCUGCCCACCAGCAUGGUCCCUGAGACUUACCAGCUGAGGCCUGGAGGGUCUGGGCACUACCUGACCCUUCCUCAGGGGAAGACUGUACGAGCCAUACCCUCCAAUAAAGCACUUUGUUUGGGCUGGAA